GGAUGAAGAUGCAGGGGAACAGAAAUGAAUGUGAUACAGUGGAUUGAAGACAGAAUCGAUCUAUCUGAGGGUUCCACUUUAGUUGGUGUUGUUAAUCAAGAUAGAGGAAAACACUGAACUUUGAAAAAAAUGUUGGAAACCAUAGAGUUGGAGCUGUGGAAAGUUAUCUCUUGUAAUGACUGCAAGAAACAUGCAAACAAAAAUCGGGCCCUACAGGCAGCAGAGCGCUUACAAGCCAAGCUCCGAGAACGAGGCGAUGUAGCAAAUGAAGACAAGCUAAGCCUUCUGAAGUCAGUGCUGCAGAGCCCUCUCUUCAGUCAGAUUCUGAGUCUACAGGCCUCAGUGCAGCAGCUGAAAGACCAGGUAAACAUUGCACCUUCGGCAGCUUCCAGUGUUGAGUGUGCCCACAGUCCUCAUCUCAGCUCCUCCGUAAUUCCUGCUCCGCAAAAUGAAUCAUUAUUAUCCUCAAAUGAUGGGAAUCAAGAGGCACUCACAGGCCCUGGUACUCCACAUAGCAGUGGGAAACCUGUGUGUGAUGAGUUUGAUCAGUUAAUCAAAACUAUGGCUCAGGGUCGCCAUGUAGAAGCUUUUGAGCUCCUCAGACCUUCCUGUGGAGGCCUUGGCUUCAGCGUGGUGGGGCUCAGCAGUGAAAACCGGGGCGAGCUGGGAAUAUUCGUGCAGGAGAUACAGGAGGGCAGCGUGGCGCACAGAGAUGGAAGGCUGAAGGAAACUGAUCAGAUCCUCGCUAUCAAUGGGCAGGCACUUGACCAGACCAUCACACAUCAGCAGGCCAUCAGCAUCCUGCAGAAGGCCAAGGAUACUGUCCAGCUCAUCAUCGCCAGGGGCCCCUUGUCCCAGGUCUCCAGCCCCCGGGUGUCCCGUUCCCCGUCUGCAGCCAGCACAGUCUCAGCUCAUUCUAACCCGGUUCACUGGCAGCAUGUAGAAACCAUUGAGUUGGUGAACGACGGGUCUGGUCUGGGAUUUGGCAUCAUAGGAGGAAAGGCGACUGGUGUGAUUGUCAAAACCAUUCUACCGGGAGGAGUAGCCGACCAGGUGAGCUGCGCUCACGGACGAUUAUGUAGUGGAGACCAUAUUCUAAAGAUUGGUGACACCGAUUUGGCAGGCAUGAGCAGUGAGCAAGUAGCACAGGUCCUGAGGCAGUGUGGAAAUAGGGUUAAACUGAUGAUUGCAAGAGGCGCCAUUGAGGAAACGACAGCACCCGCCUCUUUGGGCAUCACCCUCUCCUCCUCCUCUUCUGCACCGGAGAUGCGGGUUGAUGCUUCUACUCAGAAAAGUGAAGAAAGUGAGACAUUUGAUGUGGAGCUCACUAAAAAUGUUCAAGGAUUAGGAAUUACUAUUGCUGGUUAUAUUGGAGAUAAGAAAUUAGAACCAUCAGGAAUUUUUGUAAAGAGCAUUACAAAAAGCAGUGCUGUUGAACAUGAUGGAAGAAUCCAAAUUGGAGACCAAAUUAUAGCAGUAGAUGGCACCAACCUUCAAGGUUUUACCAAUCAACAAGCAGUCGAGGUAUUGCGACACACAGGACAAACUGUGCGCCUGACGCUAGUGCGGAGGGGAAUGAAGCAGGAGACGGAGCUCCUGGCAAGGGAGGGUGUCGCAGAGGAUGUGGAAAAUUGUGAAAAAGAUGAAGACUCUUUGUCUUUGAGGAGAAAUGUCAGCAUAUUACCAAUUGAAGAAGAAGGCUUCCCCCUGCUCUCCGAUGAGGUGGAGGAGACGGAAGACGCACAGCAACGAGAAGCUGCCCUGCUGACAAAGUGGCAGAGGGUGAUGGGAGUGAACUAUGAAGUGGUGGUGGCUCAUGUGAACAAGUUCAGUGAGAACAGUGGAUUGGGGAUAAGUCUGGAAGCAACAGUGGGGCAUCAUUUUAUCCGAUCUGUUCUACCAGAAGGUCCUGUUGGACACAGUGGGAAACUCUUCAGUGGAGAUGAGCUUUUGGAAGUGAAUGGCAUAACUUUGCUUGGGGAAAAUCAUCAAGAGGUGGUCAAUAUUUUGAAAGAACUGCCUAUAGAGGUGACGAUGGUGUGCUGUCGUCGAACUGUGCCUCCCACCACCCAGUCAGAAUUGGAUAGCCUGGACCUGAGUGAUAUUGAGCUGACAGAAAAGCCCCACCUAGAUCUGGGUGAGCUCAUUGGGUCGUCGGAGACAGAAGACCCACUGCUGGCGGUGACUGGCGUGAGCCAGAGCACGGAGGAGGCUCAGGCACCUUUGGCCAUGUGGGAGGCCGGCAUUCAGCACAUAGAGCUGGAGAAAGGGAGCAGAGGCCUUGGAUUUAGCAUUUUAGACUAUCAGGACCCGGUUGACCCAGCAAGCACUGUGAUUGUGAUUCGUUCCCUGGUGCCUGGCGGCAUUGCUGAAAAGGACGGACGACUUCUUCCUGGAGAUCGCCUCAUGUUUGUCAAUGACAUUAACCUCGAACACAGCAGUCUGGAAGAGGCGGUGGGAGCCCUGAAGGGAGCUUCGCUGGGGACUGUGAGGAUCGGGGUGGCCAAGCCUUUACCUCUGUCACCAGAAGAAGGUUAUGUUUCUGCUAAGGAGGAUCCCUUUCUCUACCCACCACUGUCCUGCAAGGAGCAAGGUCUGCGUGCCAAAGCCCUCUGCGGGGCUGACUUGGCUCUGGUGGAGUCGCGCGAUGCCGGAGUGCUGGAUGAGUCCCCAUUGGAGUCGCAGUGCUCUCCUGGUACUGACAGCGUCUACUCUACCCAAGCCUCUGUCUUAUCUUUCCACGGCAGUGCUUGCAGUGAUGGCCUCAGCCGUGGUCCCUCCCUUCCAUCAUCCCCUACCAAGGAUGUUGAUGAAAAUUCCUCUGAUCUAGUACAUGAUCUGCACAUGUCCUUGGAAGAACUGUAUGCCCAGAGUCUCCUGCAAAGGCAGAAUGAGAAUCCAUCUUUAGCAGACAUGAGCAUGGGAUCUGCUUCUGCGUUUGCCAUAAAUGACUAUACACCUGCAAACCCUAUUGAACAGUAUGGAUGUGAAAACACAGUGCCUUGGACUGAAUCUCAGUUCCCGAGUGAAGUUACCUCGAGCGCAGAGCUUCCUUUUCCUGUGGCCCCCGACUCAGCCGGAAAGGGCUCUGAGUGCUUAAUUGAACGGAGCUCUCUAUCCUCUAAUGACCAGUCUGUCAUGCUAGAAAAUAUGUCCAAAGAAUCUUUUGAGAGGACUAUUACUAUAGCAAAAGGCAAUUCUAGCUUAGGGAUGACUGUUAGUGCGAACAAAGAUGGCUUGGGAAUGACUGUCCGAAGCAUUAUCCAUGGAGGUGCCAUUAGUCGGGAUGGCCGGAUUGCCGUUGGCGACUGCAUUUUGUCCAUUAAUGAGGAGUCUACCAUCAGUUUAACCAGUGCCCAGGCACGAGCCAUGUUAAGAAGACAUUCUCUCAUUGGGCCUGACAUUAAAAUUAGUUACGUGCCUGCAGAACAUUUGGAGGAGUUCAGAAUAAGUUUGGGGCAACAAUCUGGCGGAAUAAUGGCACUGGAUAUUUUUUCUUCCUAUACUGGCAGAGACAUUCCGGAACUACCAGAGCGAGAAGAGGGGGAGGGAGAGGAGAGUGAGCUCCAGAACGCGGCGUACAGCAGCUGGAAUCCGCCCAGGAGGGUUGAACUGUGGAGAGAACCAAGCAAAUCCCUGGGCAUCAGCAUUGUCGGUGGACGAGGGAUGGGGAGUCGCCUGAGCAGUGGUGAAGUGAUGAGAGGCAUUUUCAUCAAACAUGUUCUGGAGGACAGUCCAGCCGGGAAAAACGGAACCUUGAAGCCUGGAGACAGGAUAGUAGAGGUGGAUGGAAUGGACCUCAGAGAUGCAAGCCACGAACAAGCUGUGGAAGCCAUUCGGAAAGCAGGCAACCCUGUAGUCUUUAUGGUUCAGAGCAUUGUAAACAGACCAAGGAAAUUUCCUUUGCCUUCCUUGCCGCACAACCUUUACCCUAAGUGCAGCUUCAGCAGCACUAACCCAUUUGCUGACGCUCUGCAGUUCAACGCUGACCAGGCACCCAGUCACUCCGAGACAGAGCCAGAGAAGGCUCCGUCAUGUGAUGCUCUUCAGCCCUCGUCUUCAGCAUUUGCAGAAAUGGGCAGUGAUAAUGCACAGUCAUCUGCAAGCAAAGCCUCAGAGGACACGGACAAAGAGGAUGAGUUCGGUUACAGCUGGAAAAGUAUCAGAGAACGUUAUGGAACCCUAACAGGCAAGCUCCAUAUGAUUGAACUGGAGAAAGGUCAGAGUGGUUUGGGCCUAAGUCUCGCUGGGAACAAAGACCGAACCCGAAUGAGUGUCUUUAUAGUGGGAAUUGAUCCAAAUGGAGCAGCAGGAAGAGAUGGUCGAUUGCAGAUUGCAGACGAACUUCUAGAGAUCAAUGGUCAAAUUUUAUAUGGAAGAAGUCAUCAGAAUGCCUCAUCAAUUAUCAAAUGUGCCCCUUCUAGAGUAAAAAUCAUUUUCAUCAGAAAUAAAGAUGCAUUGAGUCAGAUGGCUGUAUGUCCCGGAAAUACAGCAGAAUCUUUGCCUUCCACUUCAGACAGUCUUCAACAUAAGGAGGUAGAACCAAGUGUUGCUGCUCCUGAAGCGAUUGCGGACCUCAGCUCAUUUAAAGAUGUGCACUGCCUGGAGCUGCCCAAGGACCAAGGGGGUUUGGGCAUCGCUAUCAGUGAAGAAGACACACUCAGUGGAGUCAUCAUAAAGAGUUUAACAGAGAAUGGGGUGGCAGCCAAGGAUGGACGCCUCAAAGUCGGAGACCAGAUCCUAGCUGUAGAUGAUGAAGUUGUUGUUGGCCAUCCCAUUGAAAAGUUUAUUAGCCUGCUGAAGACAGCGAAGGCAACAGUAAAACUGACCGUUCACGCUGAGAUUCCAGAUUCCCAGACUUUUCCUUCGGCAGCUGGUGCAGCCAGUGGAGAGAAAAUGAACAGCUCGCAGCUUCCAGUGGUCCCACAGUCUGGCUCCCCGGAACCGGAACCAGAGUCCGUCCGAAGUACAAGCAGGUCUUCAACACCAGCGAUCUUCGCUUCUGACCCUGCAACCUGCCCCAUUAUCCCUGGCUGUGAGACCACAAUUGAGAUUUCCAAAGGGCGAACCGGGCUGGGCCUCAGCAUUGUGGGAGGGUCCGACACGCUGCUGGGCGCCAUUAUUAUCCAUGAAGUUUAUGAAGAAGGAGCAGCAUGUAAAGAUGGGAGACUCUGGGCUGGAGAUCAGAUCUUAGAGGUGAAUGGAAUUGACCUGAGAAAGGCCACCCAUGAUGAAGCAAUCAACGUCCUGAGACAGACACCCCAGAGAGUGCCCCUGACACUCUACAGAGACGAGGCUCCCUACAAAGAGGACGACAUGUGUGAGGCCCUCACUGUGCAGCUGCAGAAGAAGCCAGGAAAAGGCCUCGGACUGAGCAUUGUUGGUAAAAGAAACGAUACUGGCGUGUUCGUGUCAGAUAUCGUUAAGGGCGGAAUUGCAGAUGCUGAUGGAAGGCUGAUGCAGGGAGACCAGAUAUUAAUGGUGAACGGAGAAGAUGUGCGUAAUGCCACGCAGGAAGCUGUUGCUGCUUUGCUAAAGUGUUCCCUAGGCACAGUGACCCUGGAAGUGGGAAGAAUCAAAGCCGGCCCAUUUCACUCAGAGAGGAGGCCUUCUCAAAGCAGCCAGGUGAGUGAAGGCAGCCUGUCGUCUUUCACUCUUCCCCUGUCUGGAACGAGUACAUCAGAGUCACAGGAAUGUAGCUCAAAGAGGAAUGCGUUAGCGUCUGAAAUACAGGGAUUAAGAACAGUUGAAAUAAAAAAGGGGCCUUCUGACUCCCUGGGGAUCAGUGUUGCCGGAGGAAUGGGGAGCCCGCUUGGUGACGUUCCUAUAUUUAUUGCCAUGAUGCACCCAAAUGGCGUUGCAGCUCAAACCCAGAAACUCAGAGUUGGAGACCGGAUUGUCACCAUCUGUGGCACAGCCACUGAAGGAAUGACUCACACUCAAGCAGUGAACUUGCUGAAAAAUGCCUCCGGCUCCAUUGAAAUGCAGGUGGUUGCCGGAGGAGACGUGAGUGUGGUCACAGGUCAUCAGCAGGAGCCUGCCGGCGCGGGUCUUCCUUUCACCGGGCUGCCGGCAAGCACUGUGUUUCAGGAGGAUUUAGGACCUCCUCAGUGUAAGUCCAUUACACUAGAACGAGGGCCAGAUGGGCUAGGCUUCAGCAUAGUAGGAGGGUACGGCAGCCCGCACGGGGACUUACCCAUUUAUGUGAAAACGGUGUUUGCAAAGGGAGCAGCGUCAGAAGAUGGGCGCCUGAAAAGGGGCGAUCAGAUCAUUGCCGUCAACGGACAGAGUCUAGAAGGGGUAACCCACGAAGAGGCCGUUGCUGUGCUUAAGCGAACAAAGGGCGCUGUCACUCUCACGGUUCUGUCCUGAAGUGGCGGCCCGAGCCGAGCCAGCUCCGCCCCUUGCUCCCCUAGCUUCCCGUCAGGAGAACGGGCUGAUCUGACACGUGACGUUUCCUAUGCUGUACUCAUGAGGUCUUUAAAACUGUAAUUGAAAAAUAAUAUUUCAGUUUGUUUUUC